AUGCUAAUUGCUAAACCUGAACUAUUCACCAAUCCCAACAAAGCCAAAAUAAUCCGCCUAGAAACCCAAAUUAAAAUCUUGGAGGACACUGAAACCCAAUCACAGGAAGAAAUUGAGAAUGAAAGAGAAAUCCACACUGACGCUAUGAAAAACAUGGAUAACUUUUACCAGCACAAUCCCCCCCAAGAAAAUAUUAGACUAAAAAAUAUUCUCCGGGAAUUCGAACAAAAUUACUUAAAAAUUAAUCGCCAAAACCAACAGCAAGACCAAAAAAUAAAAGAUUUAGAAAAAUCUAUUGAACUAACUGAAAAAAUUAUCGAACAAGAACACCAACCCAAAGCCACCCAGGACCAAGGAACGCAAACUGAUUUAACUUGA